AUGAAAAUUAUACUGACUUCACUAUCUGCAAAACAUUGCAGAUACAGGGUAAUGUAUGAUUCUACCCUAACCGACUUGUGGAGAAUGGAUACUGAUGAUAAAUGGAUUAACAAGGUUCUUCGAACAACUUUGAUCGUGUUGUUUACGCUACAGUUGGUGAGCACUUUGGAGCGCCAGGUCUUUGACUUCCUGGGAUACAUGUGGGCACCCAUUAUAGGGAACUUCUUCCAGAUCAUUGUGGUCAUUCUAGGAAUAUUUGGUGCCUGCAACUUCCACAGGCCAUUCAUUAUUGUUUAUGCAACAUGGAAUUUAUUAUGGCUUGGUUGGAAUAUCUUUGUCAUUUGCCUGUAUUUAGAGGUUGGAAUACUAAACAGGAAUCGAGAAAGAUAUAUUCUCACAAUUGGCACCGAAGGAAAAAGCUGGUGGCUGGAACAUGGGAUAGGAUGUGAGGUGACUAAUUCCAGCUGGGAAAAUGAGGAGGUAGACGACGCAGGGAGGAACAGUCCUCCUGAAGCCUAUGUUGCUGGUUGUAUCAUGCAGUAUUAUUAUGUUGAGGUUAUACAUGCGGCCGUACAGUGUUUGCUGUCUCUUCUGGGGUUUGUGGCCUCUUGUGUGUCUGUAUAUUCUUUGAUGACUGACGAAGAUGAUGCAAUCGUCAGCUCUGCUAAUGAUGAACUGGAGUUUGUUAAAAUGAGAUUCCGAACACCAACACACUUAUCACCAUAUCACGAUGACUCCGAAGACAUGGCUUUUGACAACAUGAACCUCACUUCUGAAUACCCAUCAACUUCACCAGGACCCCGCAACCGAGGAGAAAGAGAAAUGCCGCCAAGUUAUGACACUACGAUGCAGAACAUUCAUCCAUCCUCCGGCGCUGGCCACAUAUACGCUGCCGGGAGACAGAGUGUGAGGAGUAAGGCUAGCACCAGGUCGAAGAGGUCAACACACAGACAGACCAGCGGAAAUAGUGCUACGUACAGUGAACCCAUAAGAGACUUGCCCUGGGUUCAUAUUGCUCCGUCAACAAGUGUUGAAAACCACAUGAUUCGACACUAUCCCUAA